CAAAGCACCUGGAACCCUUGGCCUUUUCUCCACCUGCUCGGAGUUGGUCAGGAAGCAGUCUGUUCUUGGGUGGCUCUGAAGCCAGACCCCAGCCCUGUCCCUCUAGGCUCCACCAGCCCACUACGCCCAGCAGUGCCAGCGUUCCAGCCGCCUCCAUGGACUCAGGCAGAGCCCAGGGGAGAAGGCCCCCCACAGGGAGCCACCCCAGCCGCCUGCCUGCCCAGCAUGGAGCUGACUGAGCUGCUUGUCGUGGCCAUGUUUCUCCUUACUUCGAGACUAACCCUCACCCUGACCAGCCCGGCUCCUGUCUGUGACCCUCGGCUUUUCAACAAGCUGCUCCGAGAUUCUGCUGCCUUACACAGCAGGCUGAGUCAAUGCUCGGACCUCAGUCCUCUGCCCAUCCCUGUCCUGCUGCCCACUGUGGACUUCAGCCUUCGGGAAUGGAGAGCAAAGACGGAGCAGACCAAGGGGCAGGAAGUCCUAGGAGCUGUUACCUUAUUGCUGGAAGGUGUGAUUGCAGCCCGAGGACAGCUGAGCCCCAGCUGCCUUUCUUCCUUGCUCGGGCAGCUCUCUGCACAGACACACAGCCUCCUGGGAGCUCUGCAGGGCCUCCUUGGCACCCCGUCUCUCCCAAAGGGCCAGACUAUAGCUCACAGGGAGCCCACAGCCAUCUUCCUGAGCUUCCAGCAGCUCCUUCGAGGAAAGGUGCGUUUCCUGCUGCAUGCAGUAAGACCUAUCCUCUGCGCCAGGCAGGACCGGAUGGCCACAGCAGCUGCAGGCAGUGGUCUUAUACCUUCGGUCAGGACAACCUUGGAGCUCAAAGACAAGACCCCUACAGCCUUGGAAAGGGGCCUUGGAAGCUCACCCAGACCUACAGAAACUCCCAAGAGAGCAUCCAGACCUCCAAACGAGAGUCCAGUCAGGAUUCCUGGAUUGCUGAACUACACGGCCAGCCCCCUGGACAAAGGCCCUCCACACUGGAACUCGACUCUUGGGCUCUCAAACAGAACCCAUGGUAUCUCUCCUGUACCCUCAGACAAGACUCUGGAAAGCCCAAACGAGCCCCCUGGAACUCUAGAUGUAACCUUCCAAUCACCCAUUCCCUUGCCUGGACUGAUUAUUUCCCCAAGCAUCCCUCCUACUGGACACCAUGUACUCUCCUCUCCCUCACCCUCACUACUGACCCCUACGCCCAGGCCUUACAUCCCUUCUGCUUCCCCCUCGGCCACAAGCUCAGGGAAUUCGGCUUCUGAGAUCUGUUGCCUUCACUCCCAGGAUGAGCCUAACAUUCAAGGCACUGCCUUCACUGCCACUUCAUACCCCUAAUUCCCAGGCUGAAAAAAAGGUCCUCCUGGGAGCUAGCCAGGAUACUCACAAGCCCUGGAUCUCUCCCCAGCCCAGGCUGUCGGAGCCCUACAGCCCAGCCCCUACUGAACUCUUAGGAGCUGAAGGGCAGGGAACGAGGACGGAGAGGCCUCUCCAGGAACCGUCCUGGAAGCCUUCUCCUGCCAGAAAGAGGGAAAGGAAACAUUUUCACUGUAGUCACUUCAGAAAAUAUUUUUUUAAGCAGAUAAAUAUUUGUCAGAAAAGCUGAUUCUCCUGGAAACUUUGGUCCAUUUUCUCCACAACUCCCUGCCCCAGCCUCCUUCU